UAACUAGAGCUGCUGUCUGGGUUCUGCUCCUUCGUCCUCUUACAUCGGCCUCUUCUCACACUACGGCCACCUCGUUGCAUCUCGCUGUACGGUGACCACUUCAUUCCGGUCAACGUAUUGCGCAGCUAUUUCAUACCUGGGGUCAUUCUUCUCCCUCCUGCCCUUGCUUGUAUCUACACUCUCCCCGCUCCUCAGGAAGUUUGUCCAGAGGAAACUCAUCGCUCGACUUCUGCGUCUGACGUUCGUCCGUUACCCUAGGCCGCCAACCUGGCCAUGGCCACUCAGACGGAAGCGAACGAGGCGCCGAACGGGGCGCCGAUCGAGGCCGAAACCACCACGGCUCCUCCUGCCUUCUCCUGGAAGGAUCCACAUGCUGUAUUUGUCAUGAUUUUCGUUGGCCAGAAGGAGAGCCCAUUCGGAAUUCACAUGGACUUCCUCUGUUCCAAGUCAAGUUUUUUCCGCUCGGAAUUUUCCCAGGAGAAGAAGGAAAAACUCGAGAAUCUAUUCUAUCUCCCCAACACCACCGAGGAGGUUUUCGGCUAUGCCCAGAACUUCAUGUACACCGGCAAGCUCUUCACUAGCGAGGAGCCGACCCCUGGAUACGAUGCGUUAAUAGAGACGUGGAAGCUCGGGAGGGAGCUGGGAAUUGAUGGGCUCUGUGACGAGACUCUCGAGGCUAUGGCUGAGUGCCGACGUAUCACACAUCACAUCCCGGCCACGCCAACCCUUGUCAAGGCGUGGAAGCAGAGCCCCGAGGGCUCCUCGAUGCGCCAGCUCAUCCUCGACUGGGCCCAGGAAUAUAUUCGUUCCUCCGAAUGCAAGCAGGAGUUUACCAAGUCUCUUCCUCAGGAAGUGCUGAGUGAGUUGGUGAUCGCCAUGAGUCACAUGAACUCCUCUCCCGUAAUCCAGGUUAACGCUGCCACGUCUCCGGCGAGUCAGACCCAGCGCAAGAAUGUUCAUUAUCUAGAAGGUGAUGGAAGUGACGACGAGCCUCGCGUAAAGAUGCCCAAGUCCCAUAAAGUCAACUCCACCGAGAGAAGGGCUACCUCUAAGAAGUCCGGUACGUCUCCCACAGCUAAGCCGACUAAAGCAAAGAGGACAAGCCUCGGCUCGCUCGAAGAGAAGCAAUAUUCGUCAGAUCAUAGGUUGAAUUUCUGCGCCGACCUACUUGUUAAGAUGCUUUCCGGCCCUGGCUUCUGGACUCGUCUGGUGGGCCCGUUCCGCUACCCGGUGAGACCCGUCGAGGAUGGAGUCCCCGAUUACCAUGACAAGAUCAAGAAGCCGAUGGACCUGAACACGAUCAAGGACAAGAUGAACAACCGCGAGUACAGCAGCCACGAGGAAUUUGCGUCUGACAUGCGCCAGAUCUUCGCGAACUGCUACAUCUACCAUACCGAGGACUCGCCGAUAUGGGCUAACUGCCAGAAGUUCGAGAAGACGUUCGAGGAGAAGUACGCGACCAUGAACAAAUGGGUCUCGAAGUUGGAGGGCAACGAGGGCACCUAGUGCUCGACGGUAGUCUGCUGGUACACACACGGAUGCAUCCGCACCGAACGUACCACCCUAUUUUCUAUGUUCUUGAUGGCGGAGUGUGCUGCCAUUGUCCGCUCUCGGGGAAGCCCGGCUCAGCCUCCCCGCUGGACGGAGUGUACGACUAACCGGAUUUCGCACAGAUACCCGAGUGUGACUGGGCGUUCGGCAAGACGCCCUGCACUUGCAGCCCCUUGUCUGCUUUUUUUUUCCUUCCCUGUCUCAUACGAUCGCCGGCAUGCCUCGCGGCUAGGACACGGCUACCAUAAUACCCCCAUUUCCUCCUCAUAUCGCCUUCGCCCCUCGUCUUCCUCCCCUCCCUUCCCUUACCCACCGCUUUUCCGUUGUUU